AUGGCCGACUUCGAUGUGGAUGAGGUGCUCAAGAAGCUGGCCAUCAACGAGAAGAUUGACCUGCUGGCAGGAAUCGACUUUUGGCAUACCAAAGCACUGCCAGACCAUGGCGUCCCCUCAAUUCGGGUGACGGAUGGUCCUAAUGGCGUCCGAGGAACUAGAUUCUUCAACGGUAUCCCAGCCGCCUGCUUCCCCUGCGGCACGGCCUUGGGCGCCACCUUCAACCAAUCCCUCCUCGAGGAGGCUGGCGAGACCAUGGGCGAAGAAGCCAAGGCCAAGAGUGCGCACGUAAUUCUGGGCCCUACAAUCAACAUGCAGCGUUCUCCCCUGGGCGGACGCGGAUUUGAAUCAAUUGGCGAAGACCCUUUCCUCGCCGGCCUGGGCGCCGCAGCCCUGGUCCGAGGAAUCCAAAAGACGGGCGUCCAAGCUACCGUCAAGCACUUCCUCUGCAACGACCAGGAGGACAAGCGGAUGGGGGUCCAGGCUAUCGUCACCGAGCGUGCUGUCCGUGAGAUCUACGCCCUGCCCUUCCAGCUUGCUGUGCGGGACUCGCAGCCAGGUGCCUUCAUGACAGCGUACAACGCCGUCAAUGGAACGUUUUGCAGCGAAAACCCCAAGUAUCUGCAGGAAUUGCUGCGUGGGGAAUGGGGCUGGGAGGGCCUGAUUAUGAGUGACUGGUACGGUACCUACAGCACCAUCGAUGCUGUCAAGGCCGGCCUAGACCUUGAAAUGCCCGGACCUCCGCGGUUCCGAGGCGAGCCCCUCAAGUUCAGUGUUUCCACCGGGAAGCCCUUCCACCACGUCAUUGAUGCCCGUGCUCGCGAGGUGCUCAACUUUGUCAAGAAGUGUGCCGCCUCGGGGGUCAAGGAGAAUGGCCCGGAGAAUCCGCGUGAUACUCCAGAGACAGCUGCUCUUCUGCGGAGGAUCGGCAACGAAAGUAUCGUCUUGCUCAAGAAUGAGAACAACGUCUUGCCCCUGAAGAAGGACAAAAAGACUCUUGUCAUCGGUCCAAACGCUAAAGUCGCUACAUACCAUGGUGGUGGCUCUGCCUCGCUCGCUGCAUACUAUGCCGUGACCCCGUACGAUGGAAUUAAAGAGAAGUUGGGCUCAGACCCUAUUUACACCGUGGGAGCCCAGACGCAUCGAUUCCUCCCCAUUCUUGGUACCCAGACUACGAAGCCAGAUGGCAACACUGGCAUGACUUGGAAGGUAUACAACGAGCCUCCCGAGGCCGAGCAUCGAAAACUCAUUGAUGAACUGUCUAUUACCAAGACAGAAAUGCACCUGGUGGAUUACUACAACGAAGAGUUGAAUGAUUUGUGGUACGCCGACCUCGAGGGCUCCCUCACCCCUGAUGAGGAUCAGAAGUUCGAGUUUGGCGUCGUCGUCAGCGGCACUGCUAAGCUCUUCGUCAAUGAUCAGCUUGUCGUCGAUAACGCCACCAAGCAGUACCCCGGAGAAGCUUUCUUUGGUUCUGCCACACGUGAAGAAAAAGGCACCUUCACCUUCAAAAAGGGGGAGACAUACCAUGUCAAGGUCCAGUUCGCCUCCGCGCCUUCCUUCACCCUCAAGCUCGGCACCGUGGUAACCGGCCAUGGCUCUCUUCGUGUUGGUGGCACAAGGAUCAUCGACGCGUUCGACGAGAUCAACAAGUCUGUACAGCUGGCAAAGGAGCAUGACCAGAUCAUCAUCUGCGCUGGCUUGAAUUCCGACUGGGAAACAGAGGGCAAUGACAGGGCCAGCAUGAAGCUCCCCGGUGCUCUCGACCAACUCAUCGCCGAUGUCGUCAAGGCAAACCCCAACACUGCCGUCGUCAUGCAGACGGGAACCCCAGAGGAAAUGCCGUGGUUGGACAAGACCCCCGCUGUGAUCCAGGCCUGGUACGGUGGCAACGAGACGGGCAACUCUAUUGCCGACGUGCUGUUUGGUGAUUACAACCCAUCUGGAAAGCUCUCUCUCAGCUUCCCCAAGCGUCUCCAAGACGUGCCCUCGUUCCUGAACUUCCGCACUGAAGCUGGCCGCACCCUGUAUGGUGAAGAUAUCUACGUCGGUUACCGUUACUACGAGUUUGCCGACCGCGAUGUCAACUUCCACUUCGGCCACGGCCUCUCAUACACCACCUUCGCCUUCUCUGAUCUCCAAAUCACUUCGACGGAAGGCAAGCUGAAGUUCAGCCUCAAAGUGAAGAACACGGGCCCCAUCAAAGGAGCAGAGGUCGCACAACUCUACAUCAAGCCCAAGCAACCUGCCAAGGUGAAUCGUCCCGUCAAAGAGCUCAAGGGGUUCGCCAAGGUUGAACUCGAAGCUGGAGAAACUAAGACAGUUUCCAUCGAGGAGCUGGAGAAGUAUGCAGCCUCGUACUUUGACGAGGAGAGAAACCAGUGGUGCGUGGAGGAAGGCAAGUAUGAGGUGAUUGUAAGCAAUAGCAGCGUCGUAAAGGAGGGCGAGGCGCUGAAGGGCUCCUUCUCGGUGGCAGAGACAUACUGGUGGUCUGGCCUUUAA